GUUCAGCUGCGGUUUAGCAAUCGUAUUUAUUGGUAACAUUUACGAACUUGGUGGUAACAAAUUUUCUUGGGUAAUUUGUCUAUUUCUUCCGUUUUGUUUCUUUCACGAAUAACGGUAGACCUUAUAACAGCCUUAUAAUAGGGAAUUUUAUAGUUAUAUUUCAGGCUGCCAGUCUCAAAAACUAGACAUACCUGCCUACCUGUACCGAAGUCUGAGCUAACGUCUAUGCGAAGCGGCAGGUCGGAUAUCCUAUCAGUUAACAUUACCCCAAAUGUUUACUAUAUAGUAAUUACAUUUAAUAGGUUUACCAUCUGAAACUGUAGUGUUGACGUUCCUCUAUCAUAUUCGAUUUGGUUCUAUUAAUACGAGAUAAUAUUUUUGUUGAGAAUAUUAUUUGUGUGCCAUUACCCGUAACUGGGAUGCUGUAACUAUGAAGUGAGCUUAAAUGUUGAUAAAAGCGGACUGUUCAUGAUGACAGGAUCAGGGGUUUUGUUUUGUACAGCCAAUGACGAUGUAAACAUGUGUCUCUCCUUCCGAUGGUAUCACAACAAGAGGUGUGGCUUAUUGGAAAUGGGUUGGAAAUCGUGUUACGCGACCGGUACAAAGACGAACUAGGGAAAUGUUUUACGGCAACUCGGACGCACGCCGGUAAGGCCAGGAAGUGGAGAUGAAGGGGAACAUGUCUGAGAGCCAAGCCGAGGCGGGAAACGACAUGCCGGCGAAAAAGCAAAAACUCAGUAGCGAUGAGAACAGUAAUCCCGACCUCUCGGGGGAUGAAAAUGAUGAUGCCAUCAGCAUUGAGAGUGGGACCAACAUGGAGCGGCCGGACACACCCACAAAUACACCCAAUGCCCCAGGCAGAAAGAGCUGGGGGAAGGGCAAGUGGAAGUCCAAGAAAUGCAAAUAUUCCUUCAAGUGUGUGAACAGUUUAAGGGAGGAUCAUGGCCAGCCCUUGUUUGGAGUGCAGUUUAACUGGCACAGCAAAGAGGGGGAUCCCCUGGUAUUUGCCACAGUGGGAAGUAAUAGGGUGACCCUGUAUGAAUGUCAUUCCCAAGGUGAGGUCAGACUCCUGCAGUCUUACGUGGAUGCAGACGCAGAUGAGAACUUCUACACCUGUGCAUGGACCUUUGACACCAGCACCAGCCACCCUCUGCUUGCAGUGGCUGGAUCACGAGGCAUCAUCCGAAUCAUCAAUCACAUUACCAUGCAGUGCAUCAAGCACUAUGUGGGACAUGGGAAUGCGAUUAAUGAGCUGAAGUUUCAUCCUCGAGAUCCGAACCUCCUCCUGUCUGUCAGCAAAGAUCAUGCCCUGCGGCUGUGGAACAUCCAGACAGACACAUUGGUGGCUAUAUUUGGGGGUGUGGAGGGUCAUCGGGAUGAAGUGCUGAGUGCAGACUUUGACCUCCUUGGGGAGAAAAUUAUGUCAUGUGGGAUGGACCAUUCUCUGAAGUUGUGGAGGAUCAACUCCGAGAGGAUGCAAAAAGCCAUUCGGGGAUCCUAUGAAUAUAACCCCACUAAGACCAACCGGCCCUUUGUCUCCCAGAAGAUCCAUUUCCCUGAUUUCUCCACACGGGACAUACACCGCAAUUAUGUGGACUGUGUGCGUUGGCUUGGAGAUCUAAUCCUAUCCAAGUCAUGUGAGAAUGCCAUUGUGUGCUGGAAGCCAGGGAAGAUGGAGGAUGACAUUGACCGUAUAAAACCCAAUGAGUCAAAUGUGACCAUCCUGGGCCGCUUUGAUUACAGUCAAUGUGACAUCUGGUACAUGCGCUUCUCCAUGGAUUUCUGGCAAAAGAUGUUGGCUUUGGGAAAUCAGGUGGGGAAGUUGUAUGUGUGGGACCUGGAAGUGGAAGAUCCACACAAGGCCAAGUGUACCACCCUUACCCUCCCAAAAUGCACCUCAGCAAUUCGCCAAACCAGCUUCAGCCGUGACAGCAGCAUUCUCAUCGCCGUGUGUGAUGAUGCCUCUAUCUGGCGCUGGGAUCGCUUGCGCUGAUUGUCACUGUCAAGACCUAUGGUUUUUGGUUAGUGCAGGGUCACCAGACUGAGCUGGAUACACUACUGCUAUUAGUGUCCAUCACCCUCAGACUAGGAAUUUUUGACCUGUUUACUUUUUUGUGGCUUUCAUGUUAUAAUAAAAGUGUAUUUUUUUAAUCAA